GCCGGGUCAUGUCUGACUCGCUCUGGACCGCGCUUUCCAAUUUCUCGAUGCCCUCCUUCCCCGGCGGCAGCAUGUUCCGCCGCACCAAGAGCUGCCGCACCAGUAAUCGGAAAAGCCUCAUUUUGACCAGCACUUCACCCACGCUGCCACGGCCCCACUCGCCACUGCCUGGCCACCUGGGUAGCAGUCCCCUGGACAGCCCCCGCAACUUCUCCCCCAACACCCCCGCCCACUUCUCAUUCGCCUCUUCCCGAAGGGCGGACGGACGCCGUUGGUCUCUGGCCUCGCUCCCUUCUUCUGGCUAUGGCACCAACACGCCCAGCUCCACCGUCUCGUCUUCCUGCUCCUCCCAGGAGCGCCUGCACCAGCUGCCCUACCAGCCCACCGUGGACGAACUCCACUUCCUGUCCAAGCACUUCGGCAGCACUGAGAGCAUCACCGACGAGGAUGGCGGCCGCCGCUCCCCCGCCGUGCGGCCUCGCUCGCGGAGCCUCAGCCCCGGGCGAUCGCCCUCCUCCUAUGACAACGAGAUCGUGAUGAUGAACCACGUGUACAAGGAGAGGUUCCCCAAGGCCACGGCGCAGAUGGAGGAGAAGCUGCGGGACUUCGCCCGAGCCUACGAGCCCGACAGCGUGCUGCCGCUGGCCGACGGCGUGCUCAGCUUCAUCCACCACCAGAUCAUCGAGCUGGCCCGAGACUGCCUGGCCAAGUCCCGCGACGGCCUCAUCACCACCGUCUACUUCUAUGAACUGCAGGAGAACCUGGAGAAGCUGCUGCAGGAUGCCUACGAGCGCUCUGAGAGCUUGGAGGUGGCCUUCGUGACUCAGCUGGUGAAGAAGUUGCUUAUUAUCAUCUCGCGCCCUGCGAGGCUGCUGGAGUGCCUGGAAUUCAAUCCUGAGGAGUUUUACCACCUGCUGGAGGCUGCCGAGGGCCAUGCCAAGGAGGGACACCUUGUCAAGACGGACAUCCCCCGCUAUAUCAUCCGCCAGCUUGGCCUUACCCGGGACCCUUUCCCAGACGUGGUCCACCUGGAGGAGCAGGACAGCGGCGGCUCCAACACGCCCGAGCAGGACGACCUGUCUGAGGGUCGUAGCACCACCGCCAAGGCCAAGAAACCUCCUGGGGAGAAUGACUUUGAGACCAUCAAACUCAUAAGCAACGGUGCCUACGGUGCUGUCUACCUCGUGAGGCACCGUGACACACGGCAGCGUUUUGCCAUGAAGAAGAUCAACAAGCAGAACUUGAUUCUGCGCAAUCAGAUCCAGCAGGCUUUUGUGGAGCGCGACAUCCUCACCUUCGCCGAGAACCCCUUCGUGGUCGGCAUGUUCUGCUCCUUCGAGACCCGGCGCCACCUCUGCAUGGUCAUGGAAUACGUGGAAGGCGGGGACUGCGCCACCUUGCUGAAGAACAUCGGGGCGCUGCCGGUGGAAAUGGCCCGCAUGUACUUCGCGGAGACGGUGCUGGCGCUGGAGUACCUGCAUAACUAUGGCAUCGUGCACCGCGACCUCAAGCCUGACAACCUCCUCAUCACCUCCAUGGGUCACGUCAAGCUGACUGAUUUCGGCCUAUCUAAGAUGGGCCUCAUGAGCCUCACUACCAACCUGUACGAGGGCCACAUCGAGAAGGAUGCCCGGGAGUUCCUGGAUAAACAGGUGUGCGGGACCCCAGAGUACAUCGCCCCGGAGGUUAUCCUGCGCCAGGGCUACGGCAAGCCGGUGGACUGGUGGGCCAUGGGCAUCAUCCUCUACGAAUUCCUGGUGGGCUGCGUGCCCUUCUUUGGGGAUACCCCCGAAGAACUCUUUGGACAAGUCAUCAGCGGUGCGUGCCUCGUGCCUCGCCCUCUGGUCCGGCUCGGGGCAGGCGGGGCCUUUGAAGUGAAGCAGCACAGUUUCUUCCGAGACCUGGACUGGACCGGGCUGCUGAGGCAGAAAGCUGAGUUCAUCCCCCACCUGGAGUCCGAGGAUGACACCAGCUACUUCGACACCCGCUCAGACAGGUAUCACCAUGUGAAUUCCUAUGAUGAGGACGACACGACUGAGGAGGAGCCCGUGGAGAUCCGCCAGUUCUCCUCCUGCUCCCCACGCUUCAGCAAGGUGUACAGCAGUAUGGAGCAGUUGUCUCAGCAUGAGCCCAAGACACCUGUGGCAGCGGCGGGAGGCAGCAAGCGGGAGGCGAGCACCAAGGGUCCGGAGGAGAAGGUGGCCGGCAAGCGGGAAGGGCUGGGCGGCCUGACCCUGCGCGAGAAGACCUGGAGAGGGGGCUCCCCAGAGAUCAAGCGCUUCUCCGCCUCCGAGGCUACGUUCCUGGAGGGGGAGGCCAGCCCCCCGCUCGGCGCCCGCCGCCGCUUCUCAGCCUUGCUAGAGCCCAGCCGAUUCAGCUCCCCGCAAGAGGACGAGGAUGAGGCUCGUCUGCGCAGGCCCCCUAGGCCCAGCUCUGAUCCCCCAGGCUUGCUGGAUGCACGGACCCCCAAAGAGGGGGCUUCAGGGGACUGCAACGCCAUUUCCGGGGACCCUGACACGACGGACCGCUCACGCCCGGGAGACCUCUGCCCACCCCUGAAGGAUGGAGACCCAUCAGCCCCCAGGGCUACCAAUGACUUGGUUCUUCGCCGGGCACGGCACCAACAACUAUCCGGGGACCCUGCUGUAGAGAAGCGGCCUUCUCGAACUGGGGGCAAAGUCAUCAAGUCAGCCUCAGCCACAGCCUUGUCCGUCAUGAUUCCUGCAGUGGACCCACACAGCAGCUCACCCCUGGCCAGCCCCAUGUCCCCACGAUCUCUGUCUUCCAACCCAUCCUCCCGGGAUUCCUCGCCCAGCCGGGACUACUCACCGGCUGUCAGUGGGCUCCGUUCCCCCAUCACCAUCCAACGCUCAGGCAAAAAAUACGGCUUCACACUGCGUGCCAUCCGCGUGUACAUGGGGGAUUCAGAUGUCUACAGUGUUCACCACAUAGUCUGGCAUGUGGAAGAUGGGGGGCCAGCGCAGGAGGCAGGCCUCUGUGCCGGGGACCUCAUCACCCAUGUGAACGGGGAACCUGUGCAUGGUAUGGUGCACCCUGAGGUCGUGGAGCUGAUCCUUAAGAGCGGCAACAAAGUAGCAGUGACCACAACGCCCUUUGAGAAUACCUCCAUCCGCAUCGGCCCCGCCCGCCGCAGCAGCUACAAGGCCAAGAUGGCGCGAAGGAACAAGCGGCCCUCCGCCAAGGAGGGCCAGGAGAGCAAGAAGCGGAGCUCCCUCUUUCGGAAGAUCACCAAGCAGUCGAACCUGCUGCACACUAGCCGCUCGCUGUCGUCUCUGAACCGCUCGCUGUCGUCCAGCGACAGCCUCCCGGGCUCCCCUACGCAUGGGCUGCCGGCACGCUCGCCCACGCACAGUUACCGCUCCACGCCCGACUCUGCCUACCUGGGUGCCUCUUCACAGAGCAGCUCACCCGCCUCCAGCACACCCAACUCGCCGGCGUCGUCCGCGUCGCACCACAUAAGGCCCAGCACGCUGCAUGGCUUGUCGCCGAAGCUGCACCGCCAGUACCGCUCCGCACGCUGCAAGUCAGCGGGCAACAUCCCGCUGUCGCCCCUGGCCCACACGCCCUCCCCGACGCAGGCUUCGCCGCCGCCGCUGCCAGGCCACACGGUGGGCAGCUCGCACACGACGCAGAGCUUCCCUGCCAAGCUCCACUCGUCGCCGCCCGUCGUGCGCCCGCGUCCCAAGAGCGCAGAGCCCCCGCGCUCGCCACUACUCAAGCGUGUGCAGUCAGCGGAGAAACUGGGGGCUUCGCUGAGCGCCGACAAGAAGGGUGCGCUGCGCAAACACAGCCUCGAGGUGGGCCACCCGGAUUUCCGCAAGGACUUCCAUGGCGAGCUGGCGCUGCAUAGCCUCGCCGAAUCUGACGGCGAGACCCCCACAGUUGAGGGGCCUAGCGCCACCAGGCAGGUGGCUGUCCGCCGCCUGGGUCGCCAGGAGUCGCCCUUGAGCCUGGGUGCGGACCCGCUGCUGCCCGAGGGCGCCCCCAGGCCACCUGCCUCGAGCAAAGAGGAGGCCCCAGGUGGAGCAGAGGCUUGCACCCUGCUGCGUGCGACCACCCCGGGGUCUCGGACCCUGGAGCGGGAUGCCAGCAGCACGAGGCAUCAGAGCGUGCAGACUGACGACGGCACAGGCUUGGCGGCCAGGGGAGUGGCCAAGGCUGCGCUUAGCCCCGUGCAGGAACACGAGACAGGGCGGCGCAGUAGCUCUGGCGAGGCAGGCACACCCCCAGUGCCCAUCGUCGUGGAGCCGGUGGGGCCCAGGGCCAAGGUGGAGGCCCCACAGCUUCCAGGCACGGACUUAAAGCAGCAACCCGUGGUUCUGACCACCCCGGUGCCAGAGACCCUCAGAGGCCGGGAGCGCUGGGUGCUGGAGGUGGUAGAGGAGCGGACCACACUGAGUACCCCUCGCACCAAGCCUGCCUCCCCCAAGCUCUCCCCGGACCCCCAGACCCCUGCCUCAUCAAAUAAUGCACCCAGCAGCAUAGGGCCCCCAACCCCACCUUCUUCCCUUCUGGCCCCAGGGACUAAGCCUGAGCUGGGGCUACCCUCCCGGUGCCCUGUUGAAGCUGUGCCCCUUUCAGGCCUAACCAAAAAAGGGGCUCCCUGCCCUGCGCCCCCAGGCCCAUAACCCAGGGUUCCUCAGGCCCUGAGCUGUACAGCUUCCUGUAUACAUAUGUACACAUAUAAAUAAAGUACAUCAGUGCUGUGUGAA